UCCGGUUCCUCAGGCCCAACCAUCCGGCCCAUUUAGACCCUACAAGGAGUGUUUUGAGGGUUUUAGGGCGAGCAAACUCCCGAGCGUUUGCAGAGAAGAGGCUGAGAUGGAGAAUUCCGCGGAGUUGCAGCGAUUCCUGGAGGAAGAGAAGCAGAAAGCUAUGGUUAGUGAGAUGGUGGGGAAGAUCACAAAUGUGUGCUGGGACAAAUGCAUCACUGGUACCCCCGGCAGCAAGUUCAGCUCCAGUGAAUCCACAUGUCUUACCAAUUGUGCGCAGCGAUAUAUGGACAUGACUGUUCUCAUCAUGAAACGUUUUCAGUCUAUGCAGUAAAUCAUUGUCGUUUUCACCUAACAGUCUACCCAUUUAGCAUUUCAUCUUAAUUACUCUGAGUCAUGUACUUCUGGAUGACAACUUCCAUUCUGUUUAAUACUUGACAUUGUUUUUCCUAUGCAUUUUUCUGCUCAUGUUCUCAUCUGAUUCAAUGUAACAGUAUGCAACAUCUAUCGGUAUUUAAGAUCACUCAAUUCAUUUUAAAAUAAAAAGUAGCAGAAAAUCAAUAUAUUGCUUUUGUU